CUUGCUGGCUCGGGAGUGCGGCCGGCGGGGUCCUGUCAGGAGCGGCGGCGGACGGUGGCCGCGUGAGCAAAGCAUCUAGCCAUGGUUCUCGCCAGUUUGAAUAAGACCAUUGGACUUCAGAAAAAUGCUGCCUACAUCAGAAAUAUCUGUGUACUAGCUCAUGUGGACCAUGGCAAGACAACUUUAGCUGACUGUCUUAUUUCUAGCAAUGGAAUAAUCUCUAGCAGAUUGGCAGGAAAGCUGAGGUAUUUGGAUAGCCGAGAAGAUGAACAAAUUCGAGGAAUUACAAUGAAAUCAAGUGCAAUUUCAUUGCUGUUUGGAAAAGAUGAUCAGGAAUAUCUCAUCAAUCUAAUAGACUCGCCUGGCCAUGUGGACUUCUCUUCAGAAGUAUCCACAGCUGUCAGACUUUGUGAUGGCUGCAUCAUUGUGGUGGAUGCUGUGGAAGGAGUGUGCCCACAGACUCAUGCAGUUUUGCGACAAGCUUGGUUAGAAAACAUUCGUCCAGUCCUGGUGAUUAAUAAAAUAGAUCGUCUCAUACUAGAACUCAAGGUUACACCCCAAGAAGCAUAUUCUCACCUUAAGAAUAUCUUGGAACAGGUGAAUGCAAUCACCGCGACUCUCUUCACUUCUAAAGUCCUUGAAGAAAGAGCUGAGAAAGAAAUAGAGGCUCAGUUGACUUCCGAUUCUGCUCCAGGAGACCAAGUAUAUGACUGGAGUUCGGGCUUGGAAUUCACAGAUGAUUCCCACCUUUACUUUUCACCCGAUCAGGGCAAUGUGGUAUUUGCCAGUGCAAUUGAUGGCUGGGGCUUUGGCAUUGAACAUUUUGCUAAGCUAUAUAGCCAGAAGCUUGGAAUCAAGCCUUCGGUACUGUUGAAGACCCUGUGGGGAGAUUAUUAUCUAAAUACAAAAGCGAAGAAGAUCAUGAAAGUUGACCAGUUGAAAGGAAAGAAGCCCUUGUUUGUGCAACUGGUGCUGGAAAACAUAUGGAGCCUCUAUGAAGCUAUUACAAAAAGAGACAAGGAGAAAAUUGACAAAAUAGUUUCCUCUCUGGGACUGAAAAUCGGCGCUCGUGAAUUGCGCCACACAGAUCCGAAGGUUCAGCUUAACGCCAUUUGUAGCCAGUGGCUGCCAAUAUCGGAAGCAGUUCUCUCCAUGGUCUGUAAUAAACUCCCUAGUCCUCUUGAUAUCACUGCUGAGAGAGUGGAAAAGCUGAUGUGUGUUGGAGCUAAAACAUUUGACUCUCUACCCCAAGAAACGCAAGCCCUGAAAGAUGCGUUUAUGAAAUGCAGCAGUGAAGAAACUGCCCCAGUCAUUGUCUUUGUUUCCAAAAUGUUUGCAGUUGAUGCUAAGACAUUGCCACAGAACAAGCCAAGGCCUCUGUCGCAAGAAGAAAUAGUCCAAAGGCGUGAGGUUGUAAGGCAGCGGCAUGCUGAGAAAUUGGCGGCUAGUCAAGGACAAGAAUCGGUCCAACAGGUGACUGGAGGCAGUCCAGUGGACCAAGCUCUAAAGACAGGAGAGACUAAAGGGGAUGAUCAGCUACCUACCUGUCAAAUGGAGGCCAUGACCCCGGCAUCUGUGAAGCAGGAACCCGAAAAUAAGGAGGCUUUCGUUGCUUUUGCGAGGGUAUUCAGCGGAGUUGUGAAAAGGGGACAAAAGCUCUUUGUUCUUGGACCAAAAUAUGAUCCUGCUGAAUCAUUGCACAAGCUUCCUCUGGGAUGUUCUGCUGCUGCUGACCUUCCAACAGUGCCCCAUUUGGCUUGCUGCACUUUAGAGGAUCUCUACCUAUUGAUGGGGAGAGAACUAGAGGAACUACAGGAGGUGCCUUCGGGGAAUGUGCUAGGAAUAGGAGGAUUGCAAGAGUUUGUACUGAAGUCAGCAACACUGUCGUCGUCUCCGGCUUGCCCACCCUUUAAUCCGCUCAACUUCGAAGUAACACCCAUCGUACGCGUUGCGGUUGAGCCAAAACACCCAAGCGAGAUGCCUCAGUUGGUCAGAGGCAUGAAGCUAUUAAACCAAGCUGAUCCGUGUGUACAGGUUUUAAUCCAGGAAACAGGGGAGCACGUGUUAAUUACAGCAGGAGAAGUCCAUCUUCAACGGUGUUUGGAUGACUUGAAAACGAGGUUUGCCAAGAUAGAAAUUAGCGUAUCGAAACCAAUUAUCCCGUUCCGAGAAACCAUAACGAGGCCCCCCAAAGUUGAUAGGGUGAAUGAAGACAUAGGAAAGCAGCAGAAAGUUGCUGUCAUCCAUCAGAGUAAGGAGGAGCAGAAUAAAAUCCCUGAAGGUGUGCAAGUUGAUUCAGACGGGCUCAUAACGAUAUCAACGCGGAACAAAUACGCCACUCUUUGCAUCAGAGCAACACCGCUUCCUGAGGAGGUAACUCAGCUUCUUGAGAAAAACAGCGACUUAAUUCGAACCAUAGAAAGGUUCACCUCUUAUUUGAACGAAGGUAAGAAAACCGAAGAGAUGAGUCAGAAGACCCUUGACCAGAUACAGGAGUUCAAACAAAGGCUAGAACAAAACCUGCAAGGUUGGAAAUGGAGAAAUGCCGUGGAUGGGAUUUGGUCUUUUGGCCCCCGAAAAUGUGGGCCGAACAUUUUGCUGAACCGAUUUGAAGGCUACAAGAGGUCUGUUUGGCAGUGCCUAGAAGGAAGCAAGACAACAAAGGAAGCAAAUCUGUAUCGGGAUUUGGACAAUAGCAUAGUAAGUGGGUUUCAGUUGGCUACGCUUUCGGGGCCGAUGUGUGAAGAACCGCUUAUGGGUGUCUGCUUUUCUGUGGAGAAAUGGGACAUGAACAAAUUUGUGGAGCAGAUGUCAGUUAACAGGCAGGAUUUGGAGGAAGGGAAAGCUACAGAAGAGACACCGCCAGAAGAGGAAACUGCCCCUGAAUUGAGGACCGGAAAUCCCGAAUCAGUUUCUGAAAAUGAGCUCCAAGAUAGCAAUCAAUAUAGUUUCAAAUCGUCUAGUAAGUGCAAAGGAGAGACUUUGCUUGCAGACUGUUAUGGCCCUUUCUCUGGACAACUCAUUGCAACCAUGAAGGAAGCAUGCCGUUACGCUAUGCAAGCAAAGCCACAGAGACUCAUGGCUGCCAUGUACACCUGUGACAUUAUGGCAACAGCAGAAGUACUAGGUCGUGUAUACGCCGUCCUGUCCAAGAGAGUAGGCCGGGUGUUGCAAGAGGAGAUGAAAGAAGGGACAGACGUGUUUAUUAUCAAGGCGGUGCUGCCCGUAGCGGAGAGCUUUGGUUUCGCUGAUGAAAUCAGGAAGAGAACAAGUGGCCUGGCCAGUCCACAGCUGGUGUUCAGCCACUGGGAGGUAAUUUCAGAUGAUCCAUUUUGGGUACCAACCACGGAGGAGGAGUAUUUGCACUUUGGGGAAAAAGCGGACUCCGAGAACCAGGCCCGCAAGUACAUGAAUGCCGUGAGGAAACGGAAGGGGCUUUAUGUAGACGAGAAAAUUGUGGAGCAUGCUGAGAAGCAAAGGACUCUCAGCAGAAACAAGUAAACCGCCUCCACUUCUGCUUCUCAGAUAAGUGCAGGUAGAUUAUCUUCUAUACCGGAGAUUCAAAAAAGUCACCUUGGACGUACUGUACUGUGUGAGACUUCUUACUGUCAGUUGUCUGUGGCUUGAGUUUUAAUAAACCUAAGCCUUUUCAAA